AACCGAGAGGAAGAGGGGUGUGUGUGUGUGUGUGUCAGCUUAAAAGUGCCGUGCACUACAUACCAGGACAGACAUAUUAGAAGUAUUCCGGAGCGGAGUGAAGAUAGAAAACAAACUUUCCAAAAAGUUUUGACGCUGAGAGAUAAUUACUGGAGACGAAGCAGAGGAUUCAUCCAGCUGAUCCAGAGAAGAAUCCACACAGAUAAAAAUGCCAGGUGAGCGGUUGGCAGCAAGAGGAACGUCGGAUGUUGGGCGUUUCCCCGGAGCGGCCCCACCCACCAGGGUGGAGCUGACCAUUCACAAAGAGGGGGAGAAGAAACAGGAGGAGGGAGGCUGUCGCAGCUGGUUCAGGAAGAUGUGUCCGUGCUGCUGUAAGCGCCAGAACAGCACCUAUGAUGUUACAGAUAAGGUGGAAUUUGUCAAACCCCCAGUCCCGACCCCGGAGCCCGCAAAGCCCAAGCCUGAGAAUGGAGAGGCAAAGGAAAUGGAAGACCUUCCAGAAAUAAAGUUGUCGGUGAGUUCUGUGGACCUGCUGAGCUCCAAGACGGGUCAGAACAGACAGGAGCACCACACCGACUUGUAUCAGGAGGACGAGCUGAUCAUCCGCAGAGGACAGACCUUCCAGAUGGAGCUGGAGUUCAACAGGCCCUUCAAUGCUGACAAUGACAAGAUGCAUCUGGACCUGAAAACAGGUCCCCUGCCCUUGGUGGCCAAAGGCACCCAUGUCAUCAUCCCACUGGUGGAUCACCUGGAGGACGAACGCUGGGAGGCCAAGAUUGUCGAGCAGAACGGCAACAAGAUCAAGCUGUCCGUCAACUCGCCAGCCAGCGCUGUGAUCGGCCUGUACGGGCUCACUGUGACAACCAGCUCUUCGAAGGACGAAACGGCAACUACUCACGACUCCAGCAAGAACAUUGUCAUGCUCUUCAACCCUUGGUGUGAAGAGGACGCGGUGUUCCUGGAUGACGAGGAGGAGACAAAGGAGUACGUUCUGAAUGACAUCGGGAGGAUUUACUACGGCACAGAGAAACAAAUAGGUGCCCGCACGUGGAACUUUGGCCAGUUUCACGAGGGAGUCCUGGAAGCAUGUCUGUUUAUCCUGGAGAAGAGCGACAUGCCUCCAUCUGGUCGAGGGGAUCCCGUCAACGUGGUUAGAGUUCUAUCUGCAAUGAUAAACGCUCAGGAUGACUUUGGGGUUCUGGUGGGGAACUGGUCUGGGAAUUACGCUGAUGGAGUCUCUCCUUCGGCAUGGAGCAGCAGCGUGGAGAUCCUGAGGAAGUACCACUCCACCAACGGGACGCCCGUGUCAUAUGGACAGUGUUGGGUGUUCUCUGGGAUCACUACAACGGUGCUGCGCUGUCUUGGCAUACCCGCCCGCAGCGUCACCAACUUCCAGUCUGCUCACGACACCGAUGUAUCCCUUACCACAGAUGUGUACUUCGAUGAGGAUAUGGAGCCCAUCGACUACCUCAAUAGUGACUCUGUGUGGAACUUCCACGUAUGGAAUGACUGCUGGAUGGCGAGAUCAGACCUGCCCCCCGGUCACGGAGGCUGGCAGGCUGUUGACUCUACUCCCCAAGAAACGAGCCAGGGCACCUUCCGCUGCGGCCCCGCCUCUGUCAACGCCAUCCGCUCUGGCCAGGUCUACCUCAAACACGACUCGCCGUUCGUCUUCGCUGAGGUCAACAGUGAUAAGAUCUACUGGCAGAAGAACCUGAACGCUACUUUCAGCCAGAUCCACAUUGAGAAGAAAGCAGUCGGCCACUGCAUCAGCACUAAAGCGGUUGGCUCUGACGAGCGGGCAGACAUCACACAUCUGUACAAACACCAAGAAGGUUCGGAGGAGGAACGCAUCGCCGUGGAGACUGCCAGUCGCUAUGGCAGCAAGCCAGAGGUCUACUCCAUGGCCAUGGCAGAGGAUGUGAGCGUAGAGGUGAGGAUGGAGGGUGAGGGGCCCAGGAUGGGUGCCGACGCCCAGCUGAGCAUCCUGGUGAAGAACCUGAGCUCGGAGCCUCGUCGGACCACUCUGCACAGCCAGGUGGCUGUCAUGUACUACACCGGUGUGCUGAAGGGAACCAUCAAGAAGGAGCAGUUGCUUGUGGAGCUUUUGCCCAAUGAAGAAAAGACCAUUGAGUGGGUGCUGCCCUACCAACAGUACCAGAACCAGCUGGUGGAUCAGGCAGCUCUGAUGCUGACCCUGUCUGGAAGAGUCAGCGAGACCCAACAAGUAUUAGCCAACCAGACCACCUUCAGGCUCCGCACACCUGACCUCAACAUCACGCCUUUGGGAGAAGCUUAUGUUGGUAAGGAGAUGGCAGCUAAGAUCACCUUCACCAACCCCCUGCCACGUAUGCUAAAGGCAGUGGUGUUCAGAGUGGAGGGCCUGGGUCUGCAGAAGGGCCAUGAAGUGGUUGUGGGCGAUGUGGGCGGCCACUCUACAGUGACACUGACGGAGCACUUCAUCCCCACCCAGCCCGGACCCAGGAAGCUGGUGGCGUCUCUCGACUGUAAACAGCUCACGCAAGUGCACGGUGUGGCAGAUAUUGUCGUUCUCGAGCAAUGAGAGGCAACAUCACUUUUUACUCAUAAAUAUGAACUGGGAGCCUCUAAUUAUAUGAAAAGUGUGCCAAGUUCCUGUAAACCAUCCUGUUUGUUUUGUACUGCAGCAAAAAUAUUAUAUAUUUUUAAAACUAUGUAUAGACAACUAGCAACUGUACUGUACUGUACUAGCAUUAUCAGUAUUAUUUUUUUACUUAAAAUAAUAUAAAUUCACACUUCUGCCUUGCUCUGAAAUGUCUAAACUGUGGUGAAGUAUGCUGCAGGGUUUAAGUGCAUGCACGGCAAAAUGAAGUGCUUUAAUUAACAAGUAUAUUGAAGUUAUAAAACUGUCAUAUUACAAAGAAUGUUCUAACACUAAUGCAUUUCAAGACACUGACAUCAACACAUGUGAAGGUGCAGGAAGUCAGGUCAUGAUCAUUGCUUGAUAAUGUAAAUACUGUAUGUGUAUUAUUCUUAUAGCUCGUCAUGAGAAGUGUGUGAAAGGUGUUGUCAGACAAAAUGAACCUCACGUGGCUUACAUGAAGGAACUGUGACAUGUUUUUAAAGGGAAUGCAAAGGGCACAUUAUUAAAACAGGGCUCAAUAAUAACGAUUGCCGCUCGCCCGGGGCAAGUAAAGUGCCACGUUGGGCUCGUAAAUCUAGCGACUCAAUUGCCCAAUUGGUAAAAAAUAUUGAAACAGUAUUUUUCCGGCUGAUGAUGGAAGUAGCUAAAGAGUGAGCCAUCUCGCUGCCUUCUCAUCCCUACUGUCGAUCGGGCACUCGCGAGAAAAAUGGCGCCAGCUACAGAGAAAGUUUAUGAGCUGAAGCGCAAGCGAGCAUUUCAAUUAUCCUGGAGACAGGAGUUUAGUUGGGUGGCAUUAGAGGAUGUGGGCAAAUCUCCAGAUUAAUUUACUUACAUAAAGAUUAAACAUGACAAUUAACUUUGUUGUUAUUAGAUAACUGGGCAAGUAAAACUUUGGGCAAGCACAUUGCUGACCCACCUGCCCGACUGGGCAAGGGAAAAAAAAAGUUGAACACUGUAAAAGUUUUUUCUGUCACGUUUGACUGAAUGUUUUUUUAAUUAUGGUUAUAAAAAAUAAAGUAAUUUUUUACCAACUAAUGAUGUAGAUUUCCAAAAAUGUUAAUCUACGAUGACGAUCUAGGACAUGGCUAAAAGGUUGUUUUAAUCACCAGAUGAAACUCGUAACGCCUCCUUAUUUGAAAACCAACCACUCAUAAAACUCUCCAUUUGCCGAAUACAAACCUAUAAAUGCUCCCUUAUGAAGAAUUCUACCCGAUGUUGUUGUUGUGUGUGUUUCUCCAUCCUGUGUGUGAAGUCAGCUUUACAGUACAUAUUGUAACUUACCUGCAAAAUAUGGACUUAUCACUGCUGUGAAUUCCAGCACACCGUAUCAGACCACAGUGGCCUUAAUUCACCUUAGCUUUACCCAGUUCACUGGCUUGUUUAACUUCAGCACUCAAAGUACAAUGUGAAGGAAAAGUAUUUUAAUAACAUUACACUAUUUAUCUACCAGAUCUACCUGGAAUGUUUAUUUUUCUGUAUUGUUUGUGUUGUGAUGGUAAUAAAACUUACACUGACAGCCUGA